AUCUCCUCUCCCCGAACCGCCCAUCUUCCGUCGAAUUAAUGAAUUAUUGAUGUUUUUGCCCCUGUGCCGUUUUGAAAUGAAUGUUUGCCGUGAAUUCUUCAGAUUUUUCAAAAAUUAUCAUCGUGUAAACAGUGAAAAUAAAUAAUACAUUAUGCGUUUUAAAGAAAAUUUGCUCGCUCAUCUACGGCUAAAAUGAUCUAUCUGCUGCAAGUGUCGAGUGUCUUGACCUCAUUCGCACAGUAAGUUAUGAGAUAAGUACGUAUGAAAUGUGUCAUUUUCAAGUUUCAUUAAUUCAUGCCAUCAGCAUUCGACCGUAAGUACAAGUACCACUAGUGUGGGCUAUUAUCGUCUAGAAGUGGAAUAUUUCGCACUCGAACUGAUAUUAUAUUCACGAUGGAAUGUCUCGGUUUGGUGUAGUUUUCGAAAAAGAUCGAUGUAAAUGGAUACUAAUAAAAACGAUGCUGGAAAGCCAGUAGAACUGAGUAAUCGAAGAUCGUUGCCACCCUUGUUGAACGAAGAUUACCUGUUUUUACGCGUCUGCGUUCCCGAUUUGAAUGUGCAAAAAUGUUUCCAGUUUAAUAAAGCUCAGCAGAUCGCAGAGAUCAAAGAACAAUGUAUCGCUUCGCUCCCGAUGGAACUGAAGCAAAGCUUCAAUUACGGUCUGUUCUGCCCACCUACCAGUACGAAAUGUGGAAAAUUUUUAGACGAAGAAAAAGCUCUGGACGAAUACGAAUUCAACGAUUACGUAGCUUAUUUAGAGUUACGAUACAAACAACGAAUUUACAAGACAACCAAGAUAGACGAAAAGCAGUUCAAAGCGGUUAAUACGAGAUCGAAUUUAAGACGAUUUAUCGAUUACAUACACAAUGGAUUGGUAGACAAGGUCGCGAAGCUCUGUAACAAAGGGCUAGAUCCGAAUUUUCACUGCAUCGAUACCGGAGAAACUCCGUUGACUUUGGCCACCUCUUUAUCCAAGCCCGGUAAAAUUCUAAUGGCUUUGGUGAACGGCGGAGCGUUUUUAGACUUUCGUAAUUUGGACGGAUCAACGGCGGUUCAUCGAGCUGUCGAAAAUAACAACUUGGAAGCGGUCAUCACUCUGUUAGAGCUCGGAGCUUCGCCUAAUUUCAAAGAUCUACGUACAUUAACCCCGUUGUAUUUAUCGAUUACUCGUAAAACGGACGUACUAAUUUGCGAAAGGCUGCUCCGUGACAAGGCCACGAUCGGUGCUCACGACGUACAAGGCUGGCAGGAGAUCCAUCAAGCUUGUAGAUACGGUCUGAUACAACAUUUGGAACAUUUACUAUUCUACGGUGCCGAUAUGAACGCCAGAAACGCAUCCGGUAAUACACCUCUUCACGUUUGCGCGGUCAACGGUCAGGAAAACUGCGCUAGACUUUUGCUGCAAAAAGGCGCGCAAAGUGACGCUUUGAAUUUCGCUAAUCAGACUCCGUAUCAAAUGGCUGUCAUCGCUGGUAAUUUAGAAUUGGCUUCCGUUAUUCAGAGUUACAGAACGGUCGAUAUUGUAGAUAAAACAACGUGCGAUUCUAGCGACGUAAUUAGCAACAACAGUUCCGGUAUUGGUACGGCGAAUAGCGAUUUAACCGAGUCGAAUUUCGCUCUGAAAGUCAACGAAAGCACCACCAGCUCUUCGACGUCCAGUACUCUGGAAGAUAGCUUUAGUCCGGUUGCGGCUAAAUCGCGAGCGUCUUUUUCGUGUUACGAAAAUGGCACCGAUGCGGCUGUGUUGCCGGUGUAUCGACCUUCGAAGAAUAUGAAAGACAGAGCUUCGAAUACGAACAAAUAUUACGCGACAGCGCCGCGACAAAAACCGCAAGUGAUAUCGCCGGAACCGAGGACUGUUGUUUUGCACAAAACGAAACGCGGAUUCGGUUUCAUUUUAAGAGGUGCUAAAGCCACUUCGUCGCUGAUGGAAGUUAAAAUCUCGGACACGUGUCCAGCUUUGCAGUACUUGGAUGACGUAGAUAAAGGAAGCGUAGCGGAUUUGGCCGGAUUACGCAAAGGAGAUUAUUUACUAGCGAUAAAUGGCGAAGACGUAUCGACCGCAUCGCACGAGCAAGUCGUCGAUCUAAUUCGAAACUCCGGUAAACUGGUCACGAUGACGGUAGUUUCGCGUAACGUUCGUGAUUCAUCGUCCGGGUGCGAUACAAAAUACGAAGAUUGGCAAGCAUCCGCUCCUCUAGGCUACGCUACGUUGCCGAACAAAUUCAAACGCAACAGGAGCUCUUCUACCGGUCACGGUGGUGUAGCGCCUUUACCACCUCGAAGAGAUCCCAAAACUACUCUCAGUGUUGGCAAAGCCAAAUCUAAAAACGUAAUCACCAAAAUGGGGCACUGGGAAUCGGACGAUAAAGGCUCCGAUUCGUCGUCCUGCAAAGAGAACCAACCUAAAACCGCUUCGAUUCGAUCUCGGCCUAUUUCUAGUCGUAUAACUACCGCCGAAUUGGAGGAGUUGUUUCAAAGGCAAGCUGAACUGUCGCCCGUCGAUCAUCGUGAAACGUUCAGCCCUAGAGAUCGAUACUCGAUUUCCAAGAUGGCCGAGAAAUCGGAACUGCGGCGCAAUUUCUACAGCGUGCCCGAUUUAGUGCAGAUCGCCAUCGGUAAUAAUAGUAAUACGAGUAAGACCGUCGACGAGUCGCCGGAGACGAGCAAUUUAUCCAGGAAUCAUAAAAGCCAAGAAAACGUUAAUGGUACCGUGGAAAACGCCGCAACAAAUGACUCCUCGGUGUCGCAGUCGCAACUCGGUCGUAUAAAUAGCGCCGGCGUCAGGCUCAGGGCGAAACACGACGACAAUAUUUACGCGCAGCGAAUGAAUCCGUCCGAGAAAGGUGUGAUUGGUAUAAAUUCAAGUUUUAAUCCGAAUAAUAACGCUAUCAUUUACGCCCGUCCGUCCGAUAUGAAAGAAAUCCGCAAUCAAGUACGCAAAUCGGUCAGUCUGCAUUCGCAUAAUUCAUUCAAACACACUCGACUGACAAACGGCGGCAGCGGCGCUGCUGAUGCUGCUAUCGGUGGUCUUCAUAGCGGCGCGCAGACUUUGAUGCAUCCACGUUACAGGAACUCGUACGCGGCCACAACAACAAGAAGCGGCUACGGUAACAUAAUGUGUCUAUCACCGCCUCCGAUUCCGGAUCCGGACUAUAGUCAAAGCGACGAUGAAAACGACCCUAAAAACGUCGCCAGCAAAGCCGCCAUGGCUGUCACGUACAAAACGUGCACUCUGCCUUUACCCGGUACGCGGAAAACAGGCGGUGGAAAGAUAACGAUUCGAGCGGCUAACGGUCCGGUGGCGCGUAAUUUCAACGUAGAUGAAAUCCGCAAAGCGCGUUCGUUGCUGAAAAGCUCGCCGCCGUUUCAAAAUUACGCCACGAAUGCGACCGAAGACGGAGAUAAUUCUUCGAGCGGCGUUAGCUCCGAUCAGGAGAUACCGAUACCGAUGGCGAUACCCGUCUUUGAAAAUGACGACGUUUCAACCGUUACUACACCGGUAUCGACUAAUCCUAGUAAAAAUAAUUCCCAGUUACCCGAGGUUAAUUCCGACCAGCCAAAGCUACAAGUUUUAGUGGUACUGCCGCCGCCGGAGUACAUUGGUAAUGUGUCCCCGGCCGCGGUCGACGUUCUAGAGCCACCGCCUCAGUUUUCUGACGAUGGAGUGCUUAAUUGAAACCAAAUUUAUUAGCCCUCUGUAAUUGAUAGUAUUACAGUAUAAACUUGUGUGUGUGUGUUGGUGUGCCUGUGUGUGUGUUCGCAAAUAUGUUCAAGUGAGGUUUUACAAGAAGAAAACAAAACCGUGCUCUUUUAUCCGAAUUUUCUUCUUUCAUUAAAAAGUAUGAAACGAUUGAAAGUAUGUACUUUUGGAGUACGUACUAUUUUGGUUUGUAAAAUACGCCAGUCGUCAACUCAACGCUUUUGCGCUGUUCGGCGUGUUUUUUUAUUUUUAUUUUUUUGGUCACGAACCCCAAACCUUAUUUCAACGUGUUUGCGAUGGUGUUCUUGACUGUCGUCUUCGUUCUACGUACGCAUCUCGUAUGUGUAUUUUUUUUUCUUUUAGUGUACCUAUGUAAUUUCUUUCCUAUCUCUUAACGAUUUUAGUUUUUCUUUUCUUUCUUUUUCGAAACGUAAAUUUAUAGAAGGUUCCUUUUCUUACAGUAUUGAAUAAAUCGAUUGCUCGUUGAACCGAGAUCGUGUUUAAGUUUGCAUUUUUUAUUUUCGCAUAACACGUUUUACAUACGUACUUUUUAUAACCAAGUAUUAACCGUAGUCAUCGCGAGAUAUUGCGAUGUACCUACACGAUUCAAGUGCCAUAACUGUUCUCGAGUACCGAGUACCUUAUUGUAGGUAAAUAUUACAACGAAGAAACGUAACCUUUUCGCUCCAUCGAAAGUUUUUUUUCCUUUCUUUCCCAUACAUUUAUUAUACUUAAGAAGACGAGCGAUGUACUGUACAUAAAAAUGUACAAUUCUUUUACGCAGCUUUUUCAUUUCGUCCUUUUCUUAGUCGAUAGAUUUCCAAAAGGUUGAGGUACCUAACUUUUAAAAAAGGUAGCUAAGCUAGUGCCGUCCACAGUCAACUUGAAAAUAGUAUUUUUAAUUGCCCUACUUGCCUUUUUAUUUCACAACGGCAACUACUGAAAGAGAACCUCGAAAGGUGUUGAAACUGAAGUAACUAAAAAUUAGAUAGAUAUUAUAGGUGGUAUAGUCGCGAUUAGUUGAGCAUCGUUUCAUUUGAGGAAUAAAGUCGCCGGCCAUGUUUGUAUUGUAUUUGUAUACCUACUUAAUUAUCUACGUACUAAUACGUAGUCUCGUACCUAUUACCUAGUAAAUAGGUACCUAGAUUAGGUACUAGGUAUCAGAAGCUGAUACUCAUGUACUUACCUCGAAUAUUAAUAACGCCAUAAUUACAUAUUUUCAUCUUCAUCCAACUUUUUUUCUUCGUUCAUAAUUAGCAUAUUUUUUUUACCUACCCCGUCUUUGUCGUUUUUAUUUUAUUAUUUUAUCCGAUCUGUCGAGACUUUCCUCUAUUAUAGAAAAGUACAUAAUUAUUUAUUUGCUCAUUACUCGGCGAUAAUUCACUUUCUAAUGUGCUGUGAAUUGAUACGAUUCUCUGUCUGUAUCAAUGGUCAAGAACAACGAGUUUAAUGACAUAUUAUACAUUCCGAUAUUUUUUUUUUUAGCUUAACUCCCCCCCCCCCCCUCCCCCGUCGUAUUAUUAUUAUCCUCCAAACAAUACUUAUUCGUGUACGACGAGUUUUUUUUGGUACAUUUUUUUACUUUUUGUUAUUAUUGUGUACUCGAUACUUAUUAUUUUUUUAUUAUUUUUUUUUCUAGUUUCACAAUUUUUUUUUUAUUUGUGCGAAGUAUUUUUUUUCCUUUUUUCUCUGUGUUUUUUGAUUACGAUUACUUUGUAGCUUUUGAGAUAACACUACUUAAUAAAAUGAUUUUUGAAGUGUAA